AUGCAAACAGUCAACGGGAUGUUGAGAUUCAGCUUACUUAUGGCCAGCAUGCUGAGUCUUUCCCUCACAUCACAUAUCUUACCGCACAUGGGCUACUUUGUUGUCAUUCAGCAACUGGAGUGUGUGGGCAAUCCAAAGUACAUUAGGCAAGCGGAGUGUAGUGUGGUGCCACCACGGAAUAGAAGCACCAACGCAGCUCUGACGCUGGUGCAGGAGAUCACUAGCCUAACUGGCACUUUGAAGGUAUCCAUACCAAAGAGGAAUAAAAUGCACAAGAUAUUCGAGGUUUCAUUUGAGUUGUGCAAGCUGCUGCGAGAGCAGAAGAGGAAGACUCUAAUAGAGCUGCUCAGCACCAUGACCUGCUUGGGCAAUCGAACCAUCCAAUGUCCCAUACACACGGGCUAUUACAGUGCGCGCAAUGUGACAAUCGUGGAGUCGCUGCCGCCCGUGCUUUCUGAAUCCGAUUUUCUAAUACGCCUCAAUUGGUUUUUGCCCAGAGUGGCAUCGGUCAUGAAUAUCACAGCCGUGGGUCGCUUAUACGAAAUUUCCAAAGAGCGCGCUCGAAAGAAGAAGUAUUUAUAA